AUGACCUCCGAGAAUACCACUUCCAACAUUCCGAGUAAACGCCCUGCAUCGGCUCUUCAGAUGGGGCCCCGCAAAAAAUCGCACAGUUCAACAUCUGAUCCACUUAUCUCCCACGGACGCCACUUCAGUCGAACAGUAUUCGCUCUGUGCAAUUUUCCUUCUCUGCUUACCAACAGGAUCCUCAGGUUAGAGCAAAUGGAAGAUACCUCUUCACUAGAAGACUUCUCUGCUGAUGAGCGGCAAGAGCAUCGCGUGUUUGAGCACCUCUUAGAAUCUUACCCUGGCCUUUUAGAGCGACUACAGAAUGGGUCUGAAGAAGAACUUAUCUAUGUUGGUGAGCUAAUUGGUAAGGGAGCCGCAGGUGCGAGGGGCGACGACACGAAAACAUUGAAGUCCGCAGUGCUUGAUUGGAUUUCCCCAAAAGGAGCAGCAAUCCAGCCUCAUUUACACAGAAACUCGAAGAUCGACCGCAGAUUCAAUCAUGAGCUAACCGGGUCGUUGCUUUGUCCUGCUGGGUUGGACUGGAAAGACCCAGAAGAGAACCUCCAAAGCGGAGAAAUCUCGGUAUGCGGAGAUCAAUGGCCCAUAUUUUUGUACGCCAACUAUACUUACGACGCUGAUGACCCAUGGUGUGGUCUUCUUAGGAAUCGCUUACUUGUAUCUGCUUACAAGCACGUUUUCACAUCCCCAAGUUCAGUAGACAAAGAACCCAAAGCCACACGGUCUGGAAACGCUCGCCUCCAUGGCAUGAACGCUGUUACGAUCGCUUCCAUAGCUUAUAUUGCGACGCAGGUUCUAUUUUCUCUGAGUUCCUCAUCAGUGUUUUCACGGACCAAUACGACCACAGACUCGGAGACAUUCUACCACAGUCUCCUUGACCUGCUCGAGGACCCUGAUGAAUAUAAGGAAAUCGACGAGCUGCUGACAUGGUGGAACCGCCAAGUCUUUCCUACUUCAUCUGCCGCCAAGCGACCCAUCAGCACCAACAGCGCCUUAGCAAAGAUUCGACUCAAAUGCCUUGCAGUCAAACGGGCUGCAGAUUCAAAUUCUUCGUAG